CUGUACACAGUACUCCUGGUAACAUGUUACUCUGAAGGAGAAGAAGGCCUGCGUUGUACCAUGGACAGUCUGGCCGAAACGACAUAUUCAAAGAAACACAAAAUUUUCUUUGUUAUUGCAGAUGGUAUGAUUACCGGUGAGGGUGAGACCCGCUCAACUCCUGAAAUUGUCACUGGAAUGAUGGAUCUUGAUCCCACCAUGGCGAACCCUAAACCAUCCUCUUAUCUCGCUAUUGCUGAUGGUGAAAAGCAACUUAACAUGGCUAAAGUUUAUGCUGGUCAUUACAAAAAUGUUCCUUGUAUUGCCAUCAUCAAGUGCGGAACUGAGGAAGAAAAGGAUACCCCCAAAGCCGGUAACCGUGGCAAGCGUGAUUCUCAAUUGAUUUUGAUGAGUUACUUCCAACGUGUCAUGUUUAACGAUCGACUAUCCGAACUCGACUAUGAGCUUUUCUGGAAAAUGACUUGGUUAAUGAAGGGAGUCACCCCAGACAAGUUUGAAUUGGUUCUCAUGGUUGACGCUGACACAAAGGUCUUGCCAGAUGCCUUGACAUAUAUGGUUGCUGCCAUGGCCAACGACAUUACAAUUAUGGGACUUUGUGGUGAAACCAGAAUUGCGAACAAACGAGCUUCUUGGGUCACUGCUAUUCAAGUUUUCGAAUACUACAUUUCACAUCAUUACGCCAAGGCUUUCGAAUCUUUGUUUGGUAUUGUAACCUGUCUGCCAGGUUGCUUCAGUAUGUACCGUAUCAAGAGUCCAAAGAAUGGCGCAUGGGUGCCUAUUCUUGCCAACCCUGAUAUCAUUCUCGAAUACAACCAGAAUGUGGUUACCACCCUCCACGAGAAAAAUUUGUUACUUCUUGGUGAAGAUCGUUUCUUGACUACGCUUAUGUUGCGCACUUUCCCCAAACGCCAGAUGAUGUUUGUUCCUCAGGCUAGAUGCAAAACUGUUGUCCCAGACGAAUUCAAGGUUUUGCUAUCUCAGCGACGUCGUUGGAUUAACUCGACUGUUCACAACCUCAUGGAACUGGUAUUGGUGUCAGAUCUGUGCGGUAUUGCAUGCCUCUCAAUGCAGUUCUCUAUCUUUAUCGAUCUUAUCGGUACUCUUGUCUUGCCUGCUGCGAUCUGCAUGACGAUCUACCUGAUCAUCAACACCUCGAUCUCCUCGAACCCUCAAUGGCAAUCUCUUGCUCUGUUGCUAGCUAUUCUCGGGAUGCCGGCUGUUUUGAUUGCCAUUACUACGUUUAAGUUUAUUUACGUUGUCUGGAUGUGUGUAUACAUUUGUGCACUUCCCAUUUGGAAUUUUGUUCUUCCUGUCUAUUCCUUCUGGCAUUUCGAUGACUUCUCUUGGGGUGCUACACGUGUGAUUGCUGGCGAGAAGAAGGACAAGGGUCAUGGUGAUGCUGAAGGCAAAUUCGACUCUGCACGACUUGUCAUGAAGAAGUGGGAGGACUGGGAAUCAGAGCGUACCGGCCAGCGAGUCAACAAAAACAAAUUCGCCUUGAAAACUCCUCAUGAUCCACCUGCAGCAUUUGACGGAAAAAAUACCGUAACACCAGUCACUCCUGGCUUUGGUACAAUCUUCAAUGAUCGCAAGAUGUACGGUUCUUCACCUUCCGUCAACCUUUCCUAAAAAAAUAGCUACAUAUAUUAUACACACACACACACAUACACAUAUAUAUACGCAAACACAUUCACCUAAAACUACACCUAAACCUAAACCUACCACUACACCUACACACGCACACGCACACGCACACGCACACUAUAUCCUUCCAAUUUCCUAUUCAAACUUACAUAUACAUACAGUCAUGCCUUCCUUUAAUACACUUUCCAUGGUUGUUCUUUAUAUCAAUUGUAUAAAUAACAACGAAAAAUAUCACAAGGUAUAAGUUUUAUUUUUUACACUGCAAUAAUAAUAAAUAAAGAAAUAAAAAAAAACAGCAUUUCGCUCUAAAUAAAAUAUAU